UGCGGACACUAGUUGGGGUUGACGUGCAGCAGCUAGGUUGUACGACGGUGUGGUGCGGUUUUGGCGGCGGCACAUUCCGUUUUAUCAAAAGUUAAAACUCAAUCGCUUGUUUCUGUUUUGGUCAGUCAGCAGUUGUUAUCCGGUGGCGUUAGGUCUCUCGUCGUAGUCAGUACAGCGUCGUACACGAGGCGAGCAGAAAACGUGUGCUAGCGGAACAUGACAAGCUAAUUAGCAACCAUAAAAUAAAAAAAAAGUGGCGAAGAAACACCAAAGAAAAUGUGAAAAAAUAUUUUAUGAAAAUAAAAAAAAAAUUAAGAAAAUAUUCUGAAGAAACGCCUAACUCAAAGUGUGUGAAAUUGUCUCAUAGACGCAAACAAAGUGUUGCCACAAAGUAAACGCUGACAGUUGCUUGGCAGCAAGAGUUCCAAAAACCGUUACUUUCGUUUACUUUUGAAAAAGUGGAAAAUUUUUGCUAAAAAUAUAAAAAAUAACAAAUUAAAUAUAGCGCUUACAAAAACAACAAAGUGCAGUUCGGAAGUGUGUGUAGACAGUGUUUGUGCAUUUACCGUUAACUGCAACAUUACGCGCUCCAGCCACAGCCUUGCAGAGAUUUUCAACGAAUCCAAGGGCAUUAAAAGUAAAAACCCCUAAGAAUUGUGACACACGCACACGCACGCACAAUUCUUCGUACGCUUAGCGCAAUUUAAUUAGCACAUCGCAUUGCCAACGUUUAGCCGUUGCAUUUUGUUUUUCCUUUAACGGUAUUUCCUGUAGUCCAAAGCCGGCGUUCAGCGCAUAAAAAUUAUCCAAAAUUCCGAAGAAUCCGAGAAAAACACCAAAACAGUCGACACGUACAGCGUCGUCAACCGGUACCGGUGGCAGCAGUGGUGGUGGCACCACUAAAAUGGCAUCGAAACGCAAAGCAUCGGUGCUGCUCCAUAAGGAGACCAUCCCAGCUGCAGCGACCACAACCACCACGGACGCGACCGGUAAUGGUGGCGGCAGUGUCACGGGCGGUGUUGUGGGUAUUGGCGCCGCAGCGGGUUCGGUGGCUGGGAGCGUUGGCGGUGACAACAACACCGAAACGGAUCCCUAUGCCGGCUUAAUGAAGGAUGCCGACAAAUUGAAACUGAUGUUGUUGGCUUGGAAUUAUCAGAAUUCAAAUGCGGUGCGCAAUGGCACUGAGGGACCCGAUUUGGGUGUGGUUGGUGGUUUGUGGGCACAAUACCAGAACGCUUUGGCACAAAAUGCGGCAAAUAACAAAAUGGACAUAUCCUUGUCGCCAGUGCCGCGCACAGAUGUCACAUCGCCCAUGGAGGCGCAGGAUGAGACGAACUCGUCGGGGCAGAAGGAGGAGGAUGAAGGCUCUGAGGAUGAUUCGGAUGAUAAACUAGACGAGAAGUUGGCCACACAUGACCCCGAACGGCUGAAGGCGUUCAAUAUGUUCGUGCGCUUGUUUGUGGAUGAAAAUCUUGAUCGCAUUGUGCCAAUUUCCAAGCAGCCAAAAGAAAAAAUACAAGCAAUCAUUGAUUCGUGUGCACGACAAUUCCCCGAAUUUAGCGAUCGCUCACGCAAACGUAUACGAACGUAUCUGAAGUCGUGCCGACGGAACAAGAAAACACGCGAAGGCUGGGAUAAUACCACCCGUCCAACACCAGCACACUUGACGUCCGUGCAGGCGGAGCAGAUACUGGCGAUUGCCUGCGAGAAUGAGUCCAUGAAUGCCAAGCGUAUGCGUAUAGGCCUGGAGCCCAUCACACAUGCCAUACCAGCGCCUGGUUCAGCCGUCGCCGCAGCUGCAGCAGCAGCGGCAGCAGCUGCCGCGGCCGCCGUGGCUGCCACCAGUUCCGCCACAUCCGUGGGUGGCGUUGGUAAUUCCACCAUCACAUCGGUUUCGGCUGGCGACGCCAUCUCCACCGUCACAACGUCUACGCUGCCGUUUGUUGGCGGCGGUGGUGGCGGCUUCGCACGUUCCACACCCAACUCCGAUGCCGCCGAACCACUAUCGUUGACACCAGCCGCUGCCGUGGCUGCUGCUGCCGCCGCCGCUGUGGCUGCUUCAACGGCUGGCGCUGGCGGUGGCAGCGGUGGCAUUAACUCGGCGCGCAGCUCACCGCUGGCGUUAAGUUCGAAUACAAGCGUAAGCGGCAGCACUAGUGGGCUGGACAUAAAACCGCUGACAGCUGUAUUAUCGAAUGGCAAUACGCCAACCAAUGGUACGGUGGGUGGGCUGGCCGGUUUGCCUGCCACAAGUCCACUUUAUCGGCCAUCAGAUUUCACUUCACCUUCAGCAGCAUCGCCAUUUGUAGCUGCUGCCGCUGCGGCAGUGGCUGCCGGUCGCACGCCAACCUAUCCCGGCUACUUUCCGGGUGUAGCAGGUCUUGGCAAUGUUGCUCCUACGGAUCUCUCCAUGAAACCAUCGUCCACCAGCACGUGUGUUACACUCACCACCGCCCCAACCACCGUCAAUACGAACAACAAUAUCGGCGUGAUGGGUGUCGGCGCACCGAAUCUCACCAGUUUGGUCGCCACUGGUGGUCUCUCCAUCAACAAUAACAAUGCGCUCGUCACCGCCACACAGCAGCUACAACAGCUGCAACAACAGCAACAGCAGCAGCAACAACAACAACAGCAGCAACAGCAACAACAACAGCAGCAGCAGCAACAGCAAGCAAUCAUGGCGACCGGCAUGAAUGCCAAUCAAAUGGUUGGCGGCUCAAUGAACGAUCCCAAUGUGGCUGCGGCUGCUGCCGUACGCCCACCGCCCUUGUUGGCGCACAAACUGAGUCCCAACGAAAUUACGGCAGCGCGUCAGGUGAUCUCGGCGUAUCGGGAGAGCGCAGCAUUUCUGCUACGCACCGCCGAUCAGGUCGAACAGCUGCUCGUGCAGCAGCAGUAAAUGUUCAAAUUGGCGCAGAGUUGCAUUUUAUUGUGUGGUGAAUAUGUGUGUGUGGUUAAUUUUGAGAAUUGAGAGUUUUCAUUUAUUUUUAAUAUUUUUUAAGAAAUUAAUAUUUUGGGUUUAAGUAGUCGAAGUAGCGUUUAAUUUUUGCUCAGCAAAAACGUAUUCAUUUGCAUGAAUUUUUGUAGGCAGCAUUUUCUAUAGCAGACAUAAACUCACCAUAGACCUCUCUUAAGUGAGCGGGUUGUUCCUAUUUUA